AAUGAACGCGCCUGGGCUGCGGACGAUCAAUUGACGCUCAGACUUCGUUCGAUACACUCGUACGCAGGACAACUCGUCGCUCAUCAUGCCGCCGAAAACAAGCGGAAAAGCUGUCAAGAAGGCAGGCAAAGCUCAGAAGAACAUCAGCAAGACGGAUAAGAAAAAGAAGAGGAAGAGGAAGGAGAGCUAUGCCAUUUACAUCUACAAGGUGUUGAAGCAAGUGCAUCCCGACACCGGAAUCUCCAGCAAAGCCAUGAGUAUCAUGAACAGCUUUGUCAACGAUGUGUUUGAAAGAAUCGCCGCCGAAGCGUCAAGAUUGGCGCAUUAUAACAAAAGAUCGACGAUCACUUCUCGUGAGAUACAAACUGCAGUGAGGCUUCUCUUGCCCGGAGAAUUGGCAAAACACGCAGUCAGUGAGGGAACUAAAGCGGUGACCAAAUAUACCAGUUCCAAGUAAAGCAACAUUUAACACAUCGCAAAAUAUAUCGGCCCUUUUCAGG